GUUCCGAUGGACGUGGUGUCAGCCUGGGCCCCCGCAGUGGGUUUCACACUCCUGCCCCCUGCAGGAAGGUUCUUAGGAAGCGCUCUAACCAGAAAGCAAUUGACGGUGUGGUACGAAUCUCUGCAGAAGCCAUCCUGGUGCCCACCUGAUUGGGCGUUUGCUCCUGUUUGGGGAGCUAUCUAUACAUCGAUGGGAUACGGCUCCUACCUGGUGUGGAAGGAACUGGGGGGCUUCAACAAGAAGUCGGUGAUUCCUCUGGGUCUGUAUGCAGGGCAGCUGGCAUUAAACUGCUCAUGGACUCCAAUAUUUUUUAGAGCUCGCAAAAUGGGAUGGGGGUUGGUGAUUCUCCUGCUUGUGACUGCUACGGCGACAGCUGCAACUGUUUCCUGGUAUAAAGUCAACAAAACAGCAGCUUAUUUGAUGAUUCCUUAUCUAGCUUGGCUAACCCUGGUUUCUGCACUCAACUAUUGUGUCUGGAAGCACAAUCGUGACAAGAAGCAAUCCAAAUAAACAGU